CACGGAAGCCGAAAUUUUGACAUGCUAUGACAUUGUUUACGUUUCGUGCCAAAGAAAAUGAAUAAAAAGUAUGACGAAACGGUUGUGCUUUGGUAGUGGUGUAUUAUAUGACGUCACCAUCAACCAUCAAUUAUAUGACGUCAACCAUCAACAGAACGGCGAAUAUUAAUAUCGAGAAUUUCCAACUGGACUGUUAGUCCAACAGCAAGAUGAAUGGCCAGAGUUUCCUCCCUUUGGUAUGGUUGAUUGGGAAAAAAAACGUAAGAUAACGAACUGAAAAAGAAUGCCCAAGUUGCCGAAGGAAAUAGAUAGUGAAGGGAACCAAUCGAAUUACGGCUUCAACAAACAGAAACGACAAGCAGACACCGAAUCCAGUAUUUCACCGCUCAGAACAAUGGCCAUUCCGGCUACUAAUACGGCUACGGACGCACCUCCGAAUGCGAACAAUCUUCCAUCGAUUGCAUCCACCGGAGUGCUUCUGAAGUCACUCAAUUCUUCCGUUGUGAAACCAAUUUUCGACUACGUCUUUGUUUUAAACAUUCGCAAAUCGGAAACCUAUUCCCCACUGUGUCAAGGUAAUGUCCACCAUCGAGCUGAACAGCGACAGUGUGCUGCAGUUUCUAAAGCAGUGCUUCAUGACACGACUGCCCAAUCUGAAACCCUGCUAUCAGCGUUCAAAACUCAAAUCACGUUACCAUACCCAACUUGAUGAAUGGCCAGAGUUUCCUUUGGUGUUUGGAGGCGAUGACGAAGCAAACGGAACCUAUCGUUACCACGAAGUUUAUUGUCGAAGAAAUCGAC